AUGCCGAGCACUCCGGCUGUAACUGUUUCCGAAGUCAUGGAUCAGCGAGAGCGGAUACGGAGCAAGGAGCAAGAGCUCAAAGCAAAGCGAGCCAAAAUACAAGCCUUCAAAGGCCUCCCGCCGAAUCUGGAGUUGGCACGACAUGAACUGAGAAAUGCGCGACAGGAGCAGAUGCAGUUGAUUCAGCUCCGUGAGAGAUUGCUGGGUGCAAUGGCAGCCGGCGUGUCUUAA